CCGAGCCGCACCUAUACAGCUCCGCUCUGUGUGACUCUCCCACUCUUUUUACCUCUUCCGUAGUCUCUUCAUUUCUGUUCUGUGUUUAGCCGAGGCUCUGCAUUUUCCGGCGUUUAAGUUCACCAGAGAGGGGCUGUGAGAAUGGCAUUGCUCUCUGAGCUUGCAACGGAGAUCGUGAUCCCGGUCUGCGCCUUGGUCGGAAUCGCGUUCUCACUCGUGCAGUGGCUUUUUGUCUCGCGCGUGAAACUCACUCCUGAGCGCAACGCUUCCUCGUCCGCAAACAAGAACGGCUACGGCGACUACCUGAUCGAAGAGGAGGAAGGGAUCAACGACCAGAAUGUCGUCCUCAAGUGCGCAGAGAUUCAGAGCGCCAUCUCUGAAGGAGCGACAUCCUUUCUCUUCACUGAAUAUCAGUAUGUUGGGAUCUUCAUGAUUGCAUUUGCAAUUUUGAUCUUCCUCUUCCUUGGCUCUGUGGAGGGCUUCAGCAUGAAGAACCGUCCCUGCACUUAUGAUUCUCAAAAACUGUGCAAGCCAGCACUUGCAACUGCAAUUUUCAGCACUGUCUCUUUUUUGCUUGGUGGUUUCACCUCAGUUCUGUCCGGUUACCUUGGUAUGAAAAUUGCUACUUAUGCCAAUGCAAGGACUACAUUGGAAGCAAGAAAGGGCGUAGGGAAAGCCUUCAUUACUGCAUUCAGAUCUGGUGCAGUGAUGGGCUUUCUCCUUGCCGCAAAUGGUCUUUUGUUUCUAUACAUUGCCAUUAAUCUUUUUAAGCUUUACUAUGGUGAUGAUUGGGAAGGCCUUUUUGAGGCUAUCACUGGUUAUGGCCUUGGUGGAUCUUCCAUGGCACUCUUUGGAAGAGUUGGCGGCGGUAUUUAUACCAAGGCUGCAGAUGUUGGUGCUGACCUUGUAGGGAAGGUUGAGAGGAAUAUUCCAGAAGAUGAUCCGAGAAACCCAGCUGUGAUCGCGGACAAUGUUGGUGAUAAUGUGGGUGAUAUAGCUGGAAUGGGAUCUGAUCUUUUUGGCUCAUAUGCUGAAUCAUCUUGUGCUGCCCUUGUUGUUGCUUCCAUCUCCUCUUUUGGAAUCAACCACGAUUUCACUGCAAUGUGUUAUCCACUUCUCAUCAGUUCAAUGGGUAUCCUUGUCUGUUUGGUCACGACCCUCUUUGCAACUGAUUUCUUUGAGAUCAAGGCUGUCAAGGAAAUUGAACCAGCACUGAAAAAGCAACUCAUUAUCUCCACUGUUCUCAUGACUGUGGGAAUUGCGAUUGUUAGCUGGAUUGCUCUACCAUCAUCCUUCACAAUUUACAAUUUUGGUGUUCAAAAAGUCGUGAAAAAUUGGGAGCUCUUCUUGUGCGUGUGUGUUGGUCUUUGGGCUGGACUUAUUAUUGGGUUUGUAACAGAAUAUUAUACUAGCAAUGCAUACAGCCCGGUGCAAGAUGUUGCUGAUUCCUGCAGGACUGGAGCGGCCACCAAUGUUAUAUUUGGCCUUGCUUUGGGAUACAAAUCUGUCAUCAUUCCAAUUUUUGCCAUUGCAGUUGGCAUUUUUGUUAGUUUUAGCUUUGCUGCAAUGUAUGGUAUAGCAGUGGCUGCCCUUGGAAUGCUGAGCACCAUUGCUACUGGAUUGGCCAUUGAUGCUUAUGGACCCAUCAGUGACAAUGCUGGAGGCAUUGCUGAGAUGGCAGGCAUGAGCCAUCGAAUCCGUGAGAGAACCGAUGCCCUUGAUGCUGCUGGGAACACCACUGCUGCGAUUGGCAAGGGAUUUGCUAUUGGAUCUGCUGCGCUUGUGUCUUUGGCUCUAUUUGGUGCCUUUGUGAGUCGUGCUGCAAUUUCAACUGUUGACGUACUAACCCCCAAGGUCUUCAUUGGACUGAUUGUGGGUGCCAUGCUUCCUUACUGGUUCUCUGCCAUGACCAUGAAGAGUGUAGGAAGUGCAGCCUUGAAAAUGGUUGAGGAAGUUCGCAGACAAUUCAACACUAUUCCAGGUCUCCUGGAGGGUCAUGCCAAGCCUGACUAUGCUACCUGCGUCAAGAUUUCUACGGAUGCAUCCAUCAAGGAGAUGAUUCCUCCGGGUGCCCUUGUCAUGCUUACACCUCUUAUUGUUGGAACCUUCUUUGGUGUUGAAACGCUAUCUGGUGUUCUGGCUGGUUCACUUGUUUCCGGUGUUCAGAUAGCAAUAUCUGCAUCUAACACUGGUGGUGCAUGGGAUAAUGCAAAGAAGUAUAUUGAGGCUGGUGCCUCGGAGCAUGCAAGGAGCCUUGGCCCAAAGGGUUCUGAGCCACACAAGGCAGCUGUGAUUGGUGACACCAUUGGAGACCCGCUCAAGGACACCUCCGGCCCAUCACUAAACAUCCUCAUUAAGCUCAUGGCAGUCGAGUCUCUGGUGUUUGCUCCUUUCUUUGCCACACACGGUGGCCUGCUUUUCAAGAUCUUCUGAGAGGGUGGGAUCAUGGAUGCGGUGGUUUCCCCGUUUGGAGGGGGGAGUUUAUUUCCAUUUUGCCUUUUUUUUGGGUCUGACUGAAGAGGCUUAUUAACUUGCAGUGUUUGGAUUCAAUUAUGAACUCUUGAGAAUUAAUUUUGGGAAAUGAUUCUUCCGGAUA